AUGGCCACGAAGGACAUCCUUGACGGGGCCGCUGAGACUCAUGUCGAAGCCCCCUACAGUGCCGUCAUGGCUCCAGAUGCUUCAAAUGAGAUGUCUUUGACGAUUAUGGAGACCAUUCAAGCCAACAAGAAGUAUAUAGGUUGGUGCCUUCUCUUAUCUAUAGGCCCAAUGGUCUACGGCUUCGACUUGAUCAUUGUCUCCUUGGCCACAGCAAUGCCUGCAUUCCGAAUGGUUUUUGGCUCAGAAGUCGGCCAGGUGUACAUCGUUCCCUCCAUCUGGCUAGCCCUGUGGAAUUCAAUGAUCCAAGUUGGAGCAAUGGCGGGGGCCUUUUCGAGCGGUACCAUCUCUGAUAGAUUUGGCCGCAAGGUUACCUUUACUCUAGGCGCGAUAAUUGGGAAUGUAGCUAUCUUGGUUGUUUACCUUGCCGAUCGGCCUGACAGUCUGCAAAGCAAGAGAGUGAUGUUUCUCAUGGGCAAAAUCAUUGUUGGGCUCGCGAUCGGUCUUCUCAAUACUGCAUACUUGACGAUGAUAUCGGAAAUUGCCCCGGCAAGGAUUCGUGGCCCGCUCCUCUCUAAUUUCACUUUCUUCGCCAUCCUUUCGCAGGUCGCUGCGGUGUCAAUUGUUAUAGGCGAAGUCCGCCACCUGACUGCAGAUGCGUUUCGAGUCGUCUUCGCCAGUCAAUGGGCUAGGACUGCCGUUGCGCUGAUUGUGGGAGUCCUCGUUCCAGAAAGCCCGACCCGCUUGGCUGCGUUGCAGACUGUUGUCGAGCAUGAGAUAAUUGCUGAGCGGAAUGCGGACUCCUGGAGCUAUACAAAGUGCUUUCGUGGUACUAACUGGCGGCGGACAAGGAUUGUUAUCUACGCGAAUAUCCUUCAACAAUUCGUUGGUCUCGCGAUGAUCCAAAGUUCGACUUACUUCCUCCAGCUGGCUGGCAUGUCGGCCUAUUUAACCUUGGAGCUCAGUCUUAUCCACCUGGUCAUAGGCCUGCCUAUGCUACUCGCCUCCUACUUCUUAAUGACUAGACUCGGGCGACGGACACUCUUCCUCUGGGGAGCAGCAUCGGUUGGAAUUCUCUGGACGGCCUUCGGUAUCGCUGGUUGUUUCUCUCACUCCAAGUCAGCAACCUUAUUCCUCGGAGUUGAAUUAAUCAUUAUCUACGAGGCCUUUGUCUUGGGCAUUGGCGCAGUCUAUCCUGUCAUCAGUGCAGAAGCUUCCUCCGUGCAUCUUCGCGCUGCAUCACAGGCCAUUGGGAUCGUUGCGCAAUUUAUAGCAGCCUGGGCAUUCCAAUUCACGGUCCCCUACAUGUACAACACCGACUCGGGUGAUCUCGGCGGUAAGACCGGGUUCAUAUUCGCCUUCCUCAGCGCCACAGCCUUCGGCUCGAAAUUCCCGAGACGAAGAAUCGUACGUGGGCCGAACUGGACGAGAUGUUUGAGAAGAGGAUCCCAACACGGAAGUUCAGAGAUUAUGUUUGCGCUGGUGUAG